AUGGAGUUGAAGGCCAUGGACCAAACUCAAUUGUUGUCCAAGAUGGCCAUCGGGGAUGGACACGGUGAAUCAUCCCCUUACUUUGAUGGAUGGAAGGCUUAUGAUGAAAACCCCUUUCACCUCACAGAUAAUCCUAACGGGGUUAUCCAAAUGGGUCUCGCUGAGAAUCAGCUUACUUCUGAUCUGGUUGAAGAUUGGAUACUGAACAACCCAGAGGCCUCCAUCUGCACCCCAGAAGGAAUAAAUGGUUUCAGGGCCAUAGCUAACUUUCAGGAUUAUCAUGGUCUAGCCGAGUUCAUAAAUGCUGUGGCUAAAUUCAUGGCUAGAACAAGAGGAAACAGAAUUACGUUUGACCCUGACCGUAUUGUCAUGAGCGGUGGAGCAACUGGAGCACACGAAGUCACUGCCUUUUGCUUGGCAGAUCCCGGUGAAGCAUUUCUGGUGCCCAUUCCCUAUUAUCCAGGUUUUGACCGGGAUUUGAGGUGGAGAACAGGAGUUCAACUUGUUCCUGUUAUGUGCAAUAGCUCAAAUAAUUUCAUGUUGACAAAGGAAGCAUUGGAAGAUGCUUAUGAGAAAGCUGAAAAGGAUAACAUCAGAGUAAAGGGCUUACUCAUCACCAAUCCAUCAAAUCCAUUAGGCACGAUAAUGGACAGAAAGACCCUGAGAACCGUGGUGAGCUUCAUCAAUGAGAAGCGUAUCCACCUUGUAUGUGAUGAAAUUUAUGCUGCAACAGUUUUCAGCCACCCUGGUUUCAUAAGCAUAGCUGAGAUACUAGAGGAAGAAACAGACAUAGAGUGUGACCGCAACCUCGUUCACAUUGUUUAUAGUCUUUCAAAGGACAUGGGGUUCCCUGGUUUCAGAGUUGGCAUCAUAUACUCUUACAAUGAUGCUGUGGUUAAUUGUGCACGCAAAAUGUCAAGCUUUGGAUUGGUGUCAACACAGACUCAGUAUCUUUUAGCAUCAAUGCUAAAUGAUGAUGAAUUUGUGGAGAGGUUUCUGGCAGAGAGUGCAAAGAGGUUGGCACAAAGGUUCAGGGUUUUCACUGGGGGGUUGGCCAAAGUUGGCAUAAAGUGUUUGCAAAGCAAUGCUGGUCUCUUUGUGUGGAUGGAUUUAAGGCACCUUCUCAAGAAGCCAACUUUCGAUUCUGAAAUGGAGCUUUGGAAAGUGAUCAUUCAUGAGGUUAAGAUCAAUGUUUCACCUGGCUCUUCUUUCCAUUGCACUGAGCCAGGGUGGUUUAGGGUGUGCUAUGCCAACAUGGAUGAUAUGGCUGUGCAAAUUGCUUUGCAAAGAAUCCGCACCUUUGUGCUUCAAAACAAGGAGGUCGUGGUUUCUAACAAGAAACAUUGUUGGCACAGUAACUUGAGGCUGAGCCUCAAAACCAGAAGGUUUGAUGAUAUCAUGAUGUCACCUCACUCUCCCUUACCUCAGUCACCUCUGGUUAAGGCCACAAAUUGA